AUGGGUUGGUCCCCGUUCAAGCCCUGUCCGUCCGGCCCCAAGUGGUGCCUCCUAUUUCAGUGCUUCACGGACAACUUACUCUUAUGUUGCGUCUUUGCGACCCGUUUGCUGGGCAUGAGCGCAAAACAGCAAACUAGUACCGUCAAGUCACAGACAGGCGGAGCAAACCUCGGAGCUGGCUCAUCAUCGUGUGUUAAGCCAUCCUCAUGUCGCAUCAUCCGCGUUUGUUGCCGGGCUCAGCAGCUCAGCCGCAAACAAAUCGAAAUGGCUUUAAAAUACCCGUGGGAAAAUGUAACGAACCUGUCGUUUUGCUGCCAUGAUAAAUGCUUUGAAGGCACUGGUGCUCGCUUCUUAAGCGUUUACACCCGGAGAGGCUUCAUCCCCUUGAUACUCUUCGCCAUGCGGACGACGAGUCAGCCAUCGUCUCACGAUCAGGUACUAUCGGUGGCUCGUUCUGGGUCUACCACACCUGGCCCAGACACCUGUGGCUGGAUAUCUGGAAAUCGAGGUUGUAGAGCGGCGUACCGGGCGAGCUCCGCAACGCCAACCUACCCGUUGCGAGUCCCCAUGUUAACGAGAGGAGCACGGCAGAUCACCCACUUACAUGCAAUCCGGGCCAAGUAUGCGGCGUAG